AUGGAUUCCGGUAAUCCUCUUCUCCGACAUCAGCAGCAGCAGCAGCAGCAAGUUCUUUCACAUUUGGAACGGGAGCACCGCCAGCACCACCACUAUCAUCAAUACCUCCAACCACCACUUCAACAGCAACAUCAGCAGCAGGCGGCGGCGGCGGCUACACUACUACAAGUGCAACAACACCACCAGCAGCAACAGCACCAACAACAACAACAGCAGCAGCGCAUAAAAACUGGUUGGGGCGCGACGUCAGCGACAGCAGCAGCAGCCGCGGCAGCGGCGACGUCGUCUUUCAUACAGAAUAUUGUCAGCACCGCCGCCAGCAGCAGCAGCACCACCACCAGUGGAGGAGGAGAGCUUUUGAUGUAA